CCAACUACCGUAAUACAAUACAAGUCCUAACUGUACCGACAUCAGAAAUUUCGCACGCAAAGUUGGAUAGUUUGAUCAUCUGCCGAUUCUGAUCCCCGUCUGAGGAUCGCUUCUCUUUUCUCUAGUGUGUACGAUAACGCGUCCCGAUCAAAAUUAACGUAGAAGUUCAUCCAUUGCAAUCGCCAGACGCAUUACUGCACACUCCUACUGCUGAAGAAAGCCUGCUGAGCAGCAAAGUAGACAGUAACCACUAUUGAGCAGUGCUUUCGAUUCAAGUUCAUAGAGAGAGAGAGCUUUUUCUAGAAAGGGCUAAACAAAUAUUUCAUAUAUUAUCAAGAAAGAGCAUAUUUAAGAGAGGGAACAGUUAAACAUAAGCUCAACGUAGGGUGAAGUUACAUCAUGAGAACUGGAACUGAGAGCAUGGGUGAAUCUUCUAGCUCAACUUCAUUAAGCAGUCAACGGGAUGUUGAUGAUGAUAGGAUGAUUGCUGUUGUACUGUCUGAAGAGUAUGCGAAAUUAGAUGGGGCAGUUGGUCGACGACUUUCCAACCUUGCACCAGUUCCUCAUAUCCCGAGAAUAAAUUCAUUCAUCCCCAAUGUGAAUGAUGCUAGUUUGGAUCACCAACGGUUGCUGCAGAGAUUAAAUGUUUAUGGUUUGUAUGAAGUGAAGGUCUCUGGGGAUGGCAAUUGUCAGUUUCGUGCUCUCUCAGACCAGAUGUAUAGGUCGCCCGAGUAUCACAAGCAUGUUCGCAAAGAGGUCGUGAAACAGCUUAAAGAUUACCGCUCCCUGUAUGAAGGCUAUGUUCCAAUGAAGUACAAACAGUAUUACAAGAAAAUGGCGAAAUCUGGUGAAUGGGGUGACCAUGUUACCUUACAAGCAGCAGCAGAUAAGUUUGCUGCGAAGAUAUGCCUUUUGACUUCAUUCCGAGAUACUUGUUUCAUUGAAAUCAGUCCACAACAUCAGGCACCCAAACGAGAGCUGUGGUUGAGUUUUUGGUCAGAAGUGCAUUACAAUUCACUUUAUGACAUCAAAGAGGCUCCCGUACACCAGCAUAAGCAGAAGAGGAAGCACUGGUUGUUUUAGCUGGUGAAUACUUGUUCAUGUUGCUACAUUGUGUAUAGUUUCCACAGAUGUACGUACACUUGAUAUAGUUGUAGUAACAUACAAGAAGUAAUCUCCAUGUGUUGAUGUCUUGAGACAAAGUGAGGAAUAUUUGUUUAUUCUUAUACAACAGCACAAUUUAUUGUAUAUGGUCGGUCACAUAUUCUCGUUAUAGAUUCUAUUGAUUGUA